ACUCUAUCACGAUGUAUUGCGUCUAAGGGCGAUCUUCGCGAACCAUAUUGCGGUAAGGAUUGUUCGGAUCCUGUUCCUCCUCCUCAGCUGAUGGAAUGGUCUUGCGCACGCGACAAGGACUGCCCACAGCGACAGAAAAAGGUGGAAUGUCUUUGGUGACGACAGAUCCGGCUCCGAUGGUCGAUCCCUCGCCGAUGGUGACUCCCGGCAAGAUGACAACAUUACCCCCGAUCCAGCAGUCAUUGCCGAUGCGAACGGGAUGGCCGAACUCGACGAAUUUGCGGCGUGAAAGCACGCUCACAUCAUGGCCGGCUGUGAAGAUGUUGACAUUGGGGCCGCACUGGACGCGGUCACCGAUCAGGAUCAAGCUGGUGUCUAGGGCAGUGAAGCUGGUUGGGUCAGACUGGGAUUUGUCCGGGAGAUACCCAAGAAGGAUAGAUGAUUUACUUGAAGUUGAUGAAGCAGUCGCGCCCGAUGGAAAUGUUGGAGCCGUAAUCCGGGCGGAAAGGAGGCUCGAUGAAGGUGCCCGAGCCGACGUGGCCCACAACCUGUUGCAACAGCUCGAAACGAACGUCGACGAUCUUCUCGUACGAGACUGACUUCGCGUCAAGGUUGUUGUAGUCCUGCGCGGCACCACGAGCCCGAUGGCGGGCUUCCAUCAGCCUCGGAACGUUAGGGUUAUACCUGACACCGUUAUCAGUAUGGUCUUGGGAGUUUCUUCACGAGGGGGAGUUACAGCAUG